UUCAAGAUGCCUUCAUUUAGCCAAGAUAAAAAAGUUGACAUGAAUUCAAACGAAAAUGAUGCUUUAAACAAUGAAGUUAAAGACGAAGCUAACGGCACUAUUCAAGAAAAAUACAUUUCGUCCGAUAAAACAUUGGACAGUGACAGUACUCCACCGGGGCUUAAUGCCGACCAGAGGCUAGCUUUUGCAUUACGAGAUUUUCUCGGUUCAUCAAAUACAGUCUUAAGCGAUGAAGCAAGCGAGGGCGAGCCUUCGCCCUCUGCUAUGGAAAAAAAUCUGCCCUUCAUCGAUGAAUUUGUAGAUCCAGAAGUCGCCAUGCAGUCUGACGAAGAGAUUCCGCAGUGCCGUGAAACAGAAGAGGUAUUAAAUAAUGCAGCAUGUCGCCUCAGAAGAUGGCGGGCGGCAUCGAGGAAACUUCGCAGACCACGAAUCAUUAACAACUUGUGUUCGACUGACGAAAAAGAAAGUAACAUUAAUAAGUUGUGCAACGGCGGCCAUACGGAUUUGGCAGAUCGUCUGCGCAGCUUGGCUGCAGUUGGCAACAUGUCUGCGUCUGCGGGUGAGCUGUUGUCCCUGGCACCACCACCACCAGCUGCCACGGCUCCGCCCUCUCCAGGAUGCCUACUCUCGCCUACUUUGGCAGAACAAAAUUCCGAAUAUUUUGGUUCAAGUCCAGAAUGCUGCGCGGACAAUGCCGGCCAAGAAAGUUCAGCUGCUGGAGCACCAGUACCACCUCCGGGUCCAAGAUACAAGCUGGCCACAGAAGGCGCUCUAAGAGUGUGCUGUUUCCAACACACGCGGACGGUGGUUGACAAGAUCCUCGCUGCCAAAUUCUUGAGGAGAUGGGAGACGCAUGUUCUCCGUUUGGAAGAAAACCACAUUGUAUCUAAAACGCCGGCUGGUCUCUUGGAGAGCCCAUUAUCAUACAGUUGCAUGCAAGAGGUGUAUUGCAUCUCACGCUGGGAUCCCGCUAGAAAAUACUGCCUGCGUAUAGUAAUGCCUCAUGGCUCACUUUUACUUCAGGCAAACGAUGCCUACACGAGAGACCAGUGGUAUCAUUCCAUUAUUUGGAGAAGAAACAUAAUACGAUACCGUAAUUUUCUUACGAAAACCGUUAGAAAGGAAGUGGUUCUAAAGGAAUUGAAGAACAUGGUGGAUUUUGUCAUGACAACACCUCUUCAAGAUGAAAGCGUGACACGCGCGCCCCUGCUGAUUCUUACGGACUUAAUCUCUGAGAACAAGGAAAGCGCUGACUGGGAAGAGUGGGCUGAGAACUUGACCAAUGUGGCAGCGCCGUUGCUAGCGGAACGUUGUGCGACCGGUGAGCUGUGCGCGUCGUUGGCCAGGCUGUGUCGUCAGCGUCCACGAGCCGCCCCGCUACCGGCUCUCGCUCCGCCCGUGCGUCGUGUCCUCACCCGAAACGUUGAUUUCGCAAGAGCCCCCAACGCCCGCCGCCUCGUCAGGGAUUACAUAAGUGCUUUGAGCGCCCACAAUUCAGGAUCGUCGCUGGUACGUCGAUUCGUAGAAGUCACGCACGGUAACCGCGCCGCUUGCCCGUAUCCGAGGGCUGCACCGAACCUUGCCGCGGUAGCACUAGCUGCCCUCGAUGACUUCUUCAGGAACUCUUCGAAGGAACACGAAUGCAAUGACGCCGAGGAGGAAGUCUUAUGUUUCGUGGAUAUUCUGGAACACAUGUGUGAAUACGAGGAUUGGCUCGUAGUUGUCGGCGCUGUUCUCCAACCUGUACCUCUAUGCUCUGGGGCUCUGAAUUGUCCCCGUGUGGCCAGUAGACUUGGUAAUGUUCUGUACGCGUUGGUGAGAGAUUCUCGAUGCGCUGCUCAUAGCUGCGUGGCGCCCGCUCGUGCUGCAAGGCUUUACCCGCCCUCGUGGCUCAGAGCUGCUGCGCCUUCAGAUCCUUUGCUAGCCAUUCCAAACAAGCAGCUAUGCCAGCUUUGGGGAGAUAUGUUGGGAGCUUUGUUAAACUGUUGCUGUAAAAGGAAAAGCUUUCUCCAAAGCAUGAGCAAGCAAUUACCAGAUUUCGUCAUUGUGGCUUUAUGUGAACAUAAAGCGGCAUUAGACGCUUUAUGCUUGAUGCUUGAAUGGGAAGUUGCGAGCGGAGAACAAACACAGUUGGAAAUAAUCGCAGCGCUGCAAGGAACAAAUUCUGGGCAAAAAUCUUAUAGUGAACUCUGUGACAGACAGAAAAAUCUUCAACGUUUGCAAGCGAAGGGGGGACCGCGACGCCUUGCGCUCCCCAUGCACACGACCGACGCCGAUGUAACUGCACUUCUGGAACAGGGCUCCCUCGGGAACCUCGAGUGCUUGUCGCUUGCCUUCACAAGCGUAACCAGUGCAUGCGCUCAAGAUCUCAUAAAGCUACCCUCACUUCGCUAUUUGAAUCUCUGGGCUACUAAAUUCGGCGACACUGGCCUGCAGUUAAUAGCAGAGCAUCUGACAGAAUUGCAAGUGCUGAAUUUGUGCGAAACUCCGGUAUCGGAUAAAGGCAUCGAGGCCUUGUCAGGACUGUCCAACUUGCGGCGAUUAAAUCUCAACAGCACCAAACUGUCGGCGGAGGCUUUCGAGGUCUUACGUGACAGACUACCGCAACUUCAAGAGUACGACAUCAGGUACACGGAGGCGUGGUGACGGUUGACGGCGAACUAAUCAAGUUAGCUUGAAAAUCUACACGAUCUCAAUCCGUACUCUGCAGUAUUAAUUUUUAAUCUUAAUAUCGGUACUAAUUAAACAGGAACUGACACCAAUGCAUUUCGUGCUAGUCUAUUAUUGAUCCCUUUUCAGUCACUAGUGGUGGCAUUUCUAAUAGUUGAAGAUUAUACUGAUUAAUAAUAUAAUAUUCUCCUAACCAUUCAUCGUACCUGAAAACGUUUUAGUCGAGCUUGCCUAAAACUUAGUAAAUAUAACAAUAGAUAUUAUGGUCUUUAUAGAUAGGUUCUCAACUUAUUAUGGAGAAAAGUAUGUAUGUAUGUCACUCAGACACAGCAUAAGGAAUUUAAUCUGUUGUAUUAAUAUUUAUUUCAUUUUAAAUCAUAAAAUAAUUUCUAAUACAUAACGAUGUAUACACAGACCUUUGCAAGACCUCUGAAUAUCGAUAAUGAAAAUAAAAUAUUUAUCAAAUCAAUCCUGAAAUGUAAUUUGCACAAAAUUUUAUUUUAUCUUAGUUUUAAUGUUCACUUAUAAAAUUUUAUUCAAAUACGCUUAAUUUAUAAUCAUUUAAGAAACUUAAUUAUAAUUUCUGGGCUGUGAACCAACUCUGAAGUGUGUAAUAUGUGAAAGUACAGGACGUCAUAUGUAACUUUUAAAGAAUUUACUCGUAGUUAAACAUAUUCUAGCAUAAUUUAUGUUUAGUGUACGUACGUAGGUUAAUUACUGUCUUAUUGUAUUUAGUGUAUCUUUAUUUGAUGUGACGUAAUCGUCUUUUAAAUUACGAAUUUCAACAAAUCCUUUCAAUUAUUUGAAAUCUAUGUUAAUUAAUUCGAAUUUAUUGUAGUGAUUUGCACUGUAGUAAGGAAAUGAAACUGUCUCUAUAAUAUAAAUCUUUCAUACUCGUAAACUGUUCCGAUAUAUCAAAGUUUUCGCUGUUCUAUGGUUCUGAAAAUCAUAAAUAUAUAUAGCAAGAGUCCUAAUGAAAGUAGCCCGCAGUUGAGCAAUCAACAUUCAAUAAAGAUUGUUUAUUCGUAAAUUCCUCAAAUAAGUAUAGUUAAAAGUAAGUGUUGAUGUACCUUUUUGAAUGUCAAGUUUGAAUAGAGCUAAGUACCUACCUAAAUUUAUCCUCACUGUUAAUAUAUGCUGCAUACCUAUUCAAAAAUGCCAGAAGACGAUGUAAAUCCUAGGAAUAUAUUUAAUUAAAUGUAAUUCUAUGAUAACAUGAAGCAUUUUUUAAAAUGUUUUUAAUGUUUUAAUUAAUUCAUUUGUAAUAAAGAGAAAUUUACAGUUGGUAUUUCUGGUUCAAGUGCAACGUAUUAUCAAGUAAUAAGUACCUAAGUAUUCACAUUGUUUACUUAAAAUUAAGCCAUUUUUACCAAAAAGUGUUCGUUCUUCGUAUUAAACUGUUAACCAGGGAGUUUUUGUAUUACGCAUUAAGCAUUUAAUUUAAAAUUAUAACAUAGAACCAUUAUACUUUUAUAUGUAAUACUUAACAUGUUGUAAGUUAUCGGUUAUUUUUCACCAAAAUAGGGUGAUUACAUUCUAAGGAUUUUGUCACAUAUAUUUGAUGCAUAAAUUG